AUGAUCCACGAGAUCAUACUUAGCCUUAUAGGCCAAACGGGGGACAUCAUAAUUUUAGCGGAUAAAAGGAGGAAUAAAACGAAAAAGGAAAGUAACUUAAAUAUAGAUGAAUACUGCUUUGAAGUAAAUAACAACAUUCACAUUUUUCUAAACUCAGAAAUAAAAAUAAUCAACGACAUUGUACAGUUGGGUUACUACUUCUACGUGAUGAAUAUCUUCUGCUUGCUAGUUAAAAAGAACACGAUUUAUAAAAACCUAACGCACGUACACAAGUUUAACAAAUUAAGUGAAGAGAGAAAAGGAAGGAAGGGGAAAGGUGGCACGAGAGAAAGGCUGCAAAGAGAUGAAGACAUCUCCAGCACUGCAAGUUCCUCGUCGAACAGUUCCUCAUAUGAAUCAUCUUCUGACAACGAAUCGGAAGACAGUAAUCAUUUGAACAAUUCUAACCAGGAAGAACGAUACGAAAAAAAAAAACAAAUAGAUAACUACUUUGGUGUAAUUUUAAAAAACAUCAAAAGCUUAAAUAGUGUAAGUCCGUAUGGAUACUACGCAAAUGGUAUCAGCAACGAAAUAAGUAAAUUCAUGAGGAGGUACAUGAAAAAAAUUAGCGAGAUCGAGGAAUACAUAAAUAACAACAGCAACACCCCAUUAACACAAAUUUUAACCAUGUUAGAAAAAAAUAGAGAAGAAAUUAUCAUAAUUAUAAAUAUUAUAAAAAAUUAUUUAGAAUUUCAAAAGAAGGAAGAAGAAAAUGUGCUGGAAGGAGAAAGUAGAAACAAAACAAAAGAAAUUAUGGACUACCUAUACGAAAAUUGUGUGAGCGGGAAUUCACGAAUUAAAGGUAUAUAUCAUAGGUAUUUCAAAAAUUUGGGGAAAAUCUUACUCCAUCAAAUAUUUUCCUGGAUACUUUAUGGCCAGCUGCUAGACCCCUAUUACGAAUUUUUUAUCCAGAAAAGGCAAUUCAUAUACUCUGAUGAUAAGAAGAUUUUUCUCUCCCCUGAAGAAUUGUACGAAAAUUUAACAUUAACCAAUGUCCAAAGCUUAAAUUUUGAAUGGAACUACUUAUUCUUUCAAUCCGUUUCAAAUUUGCCUGAUUGCUGUCUAGACAAGGUGAUUGGUCGUAAAAUCCUCUUCAUAGGGAAGUCAAUUCGAAUACUAAUUAGGAGCAAUAAAUGGAACACCAGCGAUAUUGUGAAGCUUUUCGCGAUCACCAAGAUUUUGUCCAAAGCGUUUGAUGAAGCUUCGCCAACUGCGGGGUAUGAAGAAGUUGCAAAUUUGGAGCAAGUGACCACUCCGAUGAAGCCUCACAAGGGUGUAGGAAGUGAACAGGGGCUGAACAGAACAAGCGGUGUGGGUACUACGAUGGGUGAACCUACCUCCAACACGAACCACUACUUACAUUCUUUAAACAUUUCCAGCUCGGACACCUCUUACAACUGCUCCGAUGAAUCUUCCUCGGCAGGUAAUAAAGAUGAAACCAUAAAUCUGUACUGCAAAGAAAUAUUCGACAUUACGAUAGAGAAGAUAAGAAGCAUCAUAGCAUACAAGUUGUGGAAAUAUGUAGUCAAGGACAUCAACUUGAUUAAAAUUUUCGAUCUCUUUAGGGAUAUUUAUUUACUGAACAAUGGAGACUUUUAUGAUUAUUUUUUAGAAAAGUCCUGGUCUCUCAUGCAUACCCCCCCGAAUUCGAAAAAUGAAAUUCUUCUAAAAGUGCUGGCAUGGAAAAACUCAUCCCUAUCAGUAGAAGAGUACUGCAAAGCCAAGUAUGAAAAUAAAAAGGACAAAUUAGUCCUGGAGAAAUAUGAAGAUGACGUACUAUUUGGAGAAGACAACGGGGACUUAAAUGAGUCCACCUUUUUUAGUAGCACAAAUGGAUACCAUUUUGACAGUGACAAUUCGGAAAAUAUUAUUUCUAAAUAUUUCUACCCAAGGAUAUCUUACAAAAAAUUCUCGUACGAUUCUUUCGAAAGAGAAAAGUAUGACAACUUGGUACUAGGUGGCAUGUGCUAUAUGUAUGACAAAAAGAUCAUUCUAAAUGAUUUUUACAAGGGUAUACAGACUUUGAGCAAAAAAAAGUACUACGAUUAUGAUAACGUGUUCAGUGUGUGCGUCAACAAUUACCGGCAACAGAUACUGAGGGGGUUCAAGCACGGCUUUGAUUUUUCUGUAAAUUUUAACAAUUUUUUCGAUAACAAAUUUGCCGACAUAGGUAGUAAUAAUGGGACAAACGUGAAAAGCGGGGCUGUGAGUGGUAAUGCUAAACAGGAUUUUGCAGAUGAGAAUUUCCUGCUCGGCUGCUGUUUCGCCUUGGUUAUCCAUUCAAUGAAGAACCCGCUGCUUUACAAAACGGACGUGCUGCACAGCUCCUUGGGAUACUGGGGCUCUCUGGGGGAUUGCCUUUCUGUUGAAAUAAAAGUAAAAUUUUACCAAAAGGAGAAUGGCGCACAGGAGGAUGCUUCGUCGGACCAGCAAACAGCUAACCCUGUUCAGUAUGGGGACAACCACAACAAUGUAAUACUGGGCGAUGUCGAAGUGGAGGUUUCUCUCUACAUAGGGGGGAAAGGAAUAUCCUCCUUUGUCCACAACAGCAACAGCUACACCGUGGACUACGCAAGGGAAUCCAUCCUGAACAACAAACUUUGGGCAGACAAUGUAAACCACGAAAAGAAGAGGCUAUACGAAGAUAUGGAAAACGAUGAAGGUUACUUACGAAAGAGGAAUGCCAACAGUGCAGAUGCAGCAAAUCAGGAUGACCUCAUGAGUGAAGAUGUGGAAGGGAAUUACGACGAAGCUAUAAAGAAGCCGGUGCUGAAGAUUCAGAGUAAUAAACAGACAUUUUAUAAUAUAAAUAAAAACACGUUAACAAAAUUCCGGGUGCGAAUUAACUGCCUGAAGCAUUCCUUUAGUGUGUACAUACAGAAACUGGAUGAGUAUAACCUCCAGCUGAAUAACCCGAAAAAUAAAAUUAAGCCAAUUAUCCAUAUCAGAGCACUAGACAUGACACAAGCCUUCACCCUCGACAUUGGAAAUGGCUACAUAGGAUUUUAUACCUGCCCCAUUUUAUUUAAACAUAAGUUGUUGGAAAAGAAGAACAAACUGAAUCAGUGGUUCAAACAGUUCUACAGUGAGACGCUGAAUGUCCGCUCGCCUAUUUACAAGAGGAAUUUUUUUAACAUGGGAGACGAAAAGAAUAAGGAAGCGAUACAAAACGAAAUGAGAAAUAUCAACAAAAUGAUUCUGUACAGAAAUGAGAAUAGCCAGAAGAAGGGGAAAUCAGCCCCAGAGAUGAUCAGCUGCGCUAGAGAUAAAAUGAAAAAUGCGCUUUUGUUCAGCUCCUAUGACUGCUCAGUGGAAAUAUACAAAUGGUUCCACCAGUCUUACAAGUCCCCAAUAGAGAUUCCCGAAAUUGAUAUAGACAACGAAACACUGAUAUUUUAUGACAAGCAGAUAAAUAAGAACAUACAAAUUCAUAGUGGACUGAACUUGUGGAAUAACAUAGAGAUAUAUUUCAAACUCACAUGGCCAAUAGCUCUGAUUAUCAACACGAGUACCAUCUACACAUACAAUUCAAUUUUCCAGUUUCUUUUCCUCCUGGGCAGAAUUUAUUACAAUUUGAAAAUUUUAUGCUACCAUAAUAGAUAUUUGUACAAGUAUUUGAAUUUUAAAAAAGGAGGGUUGCUAUUUUCUCACUUGUUUUCGAUUAGAUAUAAGAUGCAAUUUUUUUUUUUCCAUUUGAUUAAGUAUUUGCAAGAGGACAUCAUUAAUUACGAAUACAAGUUGAUGAUUACACAAAUUCACAAAUCGAAAGAUUUUGAGUACACCAAGUCGAUUCAUGACUUAUACCUUUCGCAGGUAGCCACCAAGUGCUUCUUACGGGUUCAAGAUAUAACAAACCCUUUGCUGGAGCUGAUAGACACCUCCUUCAAAUUCUGCUACUUCUUCCAGUGCCUAAUAGAAAACGAGUUGUUCACGGAUAUAUUAAAUUACGAACUGGUGGAUGAGCAGGAGAAAAACAAAACAAAGAAAGGAGACAUGGCAGAAGAGCAGGACGAGCAACAUAAUGACAACCAUGAAGAGAAGGAUAAUGAUUUAAAUCAAGUUAUUGAAAAGUUACUACAAUAUAAUGACACCUUUAAUGAAAAGCUAGUCAGUGUCAUGAACGAAAUGGUUAACAUAAGUUCCAACAGCAACCACGCCUACCUUGUUCACUUUCUAACUACCCUAGAUUUUAACAAUUAUGUAAGGAAGAUAAAGGACUCUGUGGCGAAUGCUAAAUCGAUUGGUGCUUCCCUAAAAGACAGCGGAACCCGAAAUGAGCAAACGCAACAGGGCCCCCCGAUCGAGGGAAGUAAAUCGGACCUCGGCAAUGCGGUGGGCAGCAGUCCCGUAAGGAGCAGCGUGGGUGAUAACAGACGGGACAGCAACAAAAGGGACGACCACAAAAUGGAGUACAUAGGCAUUGAGAACGUGAACUCGAGCGAUAAUUACCACGCAGAGGGGAAAGAAAAUUACGCGAACAGACUGAUAAGUGGCCUAUCGCAUCACAUCCGCGGGGUGGACUACACGAAUGAUGCUAACCAACUUGGUAGUAAUAAAGAUUUUUUAAAAAAGAGAGUAAUUAACAAGUUUAGCAAUUUGUUGCAUAGCGAUGUUGAAGAGAAGUGGGGCAUGCAGCGGAGCGGCAUAAACCAGUACAGCCGAAUCGGCAUGUCCGAAUCGGUAGACAGAAGUGUUUUAAAAAGCGUUUUAAAUGGAGCCCCCAGCCUCAGCCGAUAUGGAAAUGCCGACAGCUAUUACGGAAUCGGUAACGACGCCAACUACGGGAAUGCCGGCAGCUACAAUCGCGGAGGCAUCGCCAAUAACAACUACAACGCGUUAAUUGACAAGUACUCAAACAUACUGAACAGUUACAUGAACAACAGCGGCGGCAGUAACUCCGUUUACCAGGCUUCUCAAAAUUAUAUAAACAAUUCUCACGUGAACUCGUACAGCGCAUCGUUAGAUGUCGCGAAAUUGAGGCACAUAGGGGACGCUUCCCAUAUGGUAGACGCCGGCAACGCGGAUAACGCUGGUGACGCGAUCAGCAUGGGCGCUGUCCCUGGUGCCUCCAAUUUUAGUGUGCACAGUUUAGAUGCUGGAAUAAACAGCAACAAUAAUGUACCAGGAUAUGAAAACAGCCUAGCAAGCAACAUGAGUAAUCUCCUGCGAAAACUCGACGUAAACGGAAAAUCCAACUUCAGUCAAAAUUUGUUAAGCGCUAACCACGACGCGCACGGCAAUGCGCCCAUCGAUUUAAACAGCCUCCACGAUUUAAACAUUAAGCAGAAUUUCAACGUGCAGAAUUUGCUGGACAACUACAACUAUAACGGCUUCUCCGAAAACGGCUCCUUCACCAGCCAUAACUUGGACAAGGUCAGCAACGAGAAUAAUCUCACGUCCCAGAUGUAUAACCUCUCCAGUGCGUCUAAUUAUGGCAACCUCUCCCUAAAUGUGUAUCGAAAUGAAAAUAACAACAUAAGUGAAGCGGAUCGGGAAAAGUAG